GUACAGGAGGAUGGAAGAAGGGAUUUAUCCAAGGAGAAUAGGAAUUAUCCCAACAACAACAACUCGAGACUUCUGCCGAGUGAGGACACUGAGAGAUUACUUCCUACUCAAGGCAGCUUAAAGACACGUGUUCUCUAUGACACGUAAUACUGCUGGAUUUGAUGAAUGAAUCAGACAUCGUUUGUUGGUGAAAAGUUUUGAGCUUGUCAUGUUCAUUUAUGUUGUAGAUGCUAAUACCAUAGUUCUAAGGAGUGAAAAUGAGAUGUGAAAAGGUGUUCGUUGGUUUCCUGUGUUUGGGAGCUUGCUGGAAGUUUUUUGUCCUUGCAAUCUUAGCUUGAUCUCCUAAGUGCUGUUUCUGAUUCAGACGUGUUUGGUUUCCUUCCUUCUGGGGAUGUUGGCAGUGGCUGAAGUUAUUGGGCAAAGCGCAGAGCAAGUUCGAAACUUGAAUGUGCCAGAUGUAGAGGAAACUUUGGCUUAUGAUAACCAGGAUGAAGAAGUUGUGGCAAUGAUCGAGGAAUCGGCUGCAGACGGCGGAUUAAAUUUGAAUGAACAAGGUGAUGAUGCCCCUACUGGCAGUGAAUCUGGCUGGAGCAUGGACUGUUCAGCUGUAGUUAGAGUUAAUACUAUACACAUUAGUUCACCUAUAUUAGCGGCUAAGAGUCCAUUCUUCUACAAGUUGUUUUCGAAUGGGAUGAGAGAGUCGGAUCAACGGCAUGUAACACUUCGAAUACAUGAAUCUGAAGAAGCAGCCCUAAUGGAACUCCUCAAUUUUAUGUAUAGCAAUACAUUAUCUUCAACAACCCCUACUGCUUUGUUGGAUGUAUUGAUGGCUGCCGACAAGUUUGAAGUUGUGUCGUGUAUGAGAUACUGUAGUAGGUUACUUAGAAACUUGCCUAUGACUAGUGAGUCCGCGUUGCUCUACUUGGACCUUCCAUCUACUGUGCUAAUGGCUGAAGCAGUUCAGCCACUUACUGAUGCUGCAAAGCAAUUUCUUGCUGGACGUUACAAGGAUAUGUCUAAGUUCCAAGAUGAGGUUCUUAACUUGCCACUAGCUGGAAUUGAGGCGGUAUUAGCCAGUGAUGAUCUCCAAGUAGCUUCAGAGGAUGCUGUUUAUGAUUUCGUACUUAAGUGGGCCCGCAUUCAGUAUCCCAGAUUAGAGGAACGUCGGGAUGUCCUGGGAACCCGUCUUGUCCGAUUAAUUCGUUUUGCAUUCAUGACGUGCCGAAAGCUGAGGAAGGUCCUGACAUGUAAUGACUUUGAUCAUGAUGUGGCAUCCAAGGUUGUUCUGGAUGCUCUCUUUUUCAAAGGCGAGACGCCAUAUAGGCAGCGCGCUCUUGCUUUAGAAGAGGCCAAUGCUCCCUAUCGCCGCCUUGUGGAGAGAUCGUACAAGUACCGACCCGUUAAGGUGGUGGAGUUUGAUCUUCCACGCCAGCAAUGUGUGGUCUAUCUUGACCUAAAACGUGACGAGUGUACACAUCUGUUCCCAGCUGGCAGGGUCUACUCUCAAGCCUUUCACCUUGGCGGGCAAGGGUUUUUCUUGUCUGCACACUGCAAUAUGGACCAACAGAGCUCUUUCCACUGCUUUGGACUGUUUUUAGGGAUGCAGGAGAAAGGAUCAGUGAGCUUUGCUGUUGAUUAUGAGUUUGCUGCUAGGUCAAAGCCGACAGAUGAGUUUGUGAGCAAGUAUAAGGGAAACUACACUUUCACAGGAGGGAAGGCUGUUGGAUAUAGGAACCUGUUUGGUGUUCCAUGGGAGGCAUUCAUGGCCGAGGACAGCCCUUUCUUCAUCAAUAGUAUUCUGCAUCUUAGGGCUGAGUUGACCAUAAGGCAGUGAGAAUUUUGAGAAAAUGAUCAUUGCUCUUGUGGUUUGACUGUUUCCUUCAUAUAGGUUUUUCUACAUGCUCGGCAGAGAACUAGGUAGAUUUGAGCAGCUGGUCUUGACUACCUAUGUUGAUUCCAGCCAAUGUGGCCUACUUUGUGUUGUAAGAAAAUCUUGGGUAGGCGGCUAACGACGACAUGCUGUUUUUGAUCUCCAAAGAUGUAGCCAAACAUGAUGAAAUGGAAUUAAGAGCUCCUUGGAUAAAAUUAUAAGCCUCUGCAUUUUCUGUAAUGCUGAAGUGUGGCUGCAAUCAUCUAAAAAGAAGAAAUAACUUCUGCUGUUUAUUUCACUUGUCUGCUGCCAUGGUUGUGGAUCCUCUGUACUGUGUUUACUUAUGUAGUUCCAUCAUUGUCAGUUAGUGAAAAAGAACCAUGCUUUCUAAAAGAGGGGGCAAAAUAAUACAACUUUUCUCAUCUACAACAAUCAUAUAAUGAUGGAUAUGCAUUUACUUAGUGCAGAAGCAGAACUGACAAUUACUCUGCCGAAUCUCCAUUCCAUUCCUUUGUAUGUGUGUUUUAACAGCCUGCAGAUACUUCUGAAUACUUUGAUCAAUCUCUCUAUCCACUAGAAACCUAAUGAAGGUGUUCAAAUGGU